AUAAAAGCUAUAAUAAUAAUUAGAAACAAUUAAACAAAAUAAUAAGUAAAGCGAAUGCGUGAAUGUUAAAAUGGUUUGAAUAGUGCUAUUGAAAUAGCCAAUCGACCAAAUUCUAUUUUUGUUACAAAAAGAUUUGCUUGCAUAUAUAUUGAGAUCUAGAUUUAGAGUCUAAUAUAUUAUACUGUUUGACCUAGAUUAAACUUAGAUUCAUUUGUUUAAAUUAAGUACAAUAAUCUACUUUCAAUAAACAUUCUUGAUCUAUCAUUUUAAGAAUGAAUUUAAGGUUCAAUAAGCUUAUUAAUUAUUUUAUGUUAAUAUAUUUAGACCUAAAAACGCAUUAAUGUAGUUGUUUAUACAACAUUGUUAGUUUAAUUUUAUGUAGCUCUAGAUUUAGAAUCUAAACAAUUUGAAUGCCUUAGUGGUCUAGUCAAUAAAUAGUGAAAAUAGUAAAAGACUAUAAACACUGUGAUGUGAGCUUGUGUCGACCUAAAAGUAGGUGUAAUGUGUUGACUUAGAUACAUUAGCCGUGUUUCAUUCAUCAUUUCGUAGCUAAAUUGCUAAGAGGUGUAAAUGCGCAUAAGUAAAUCUUAAAGAAAAAAGUAAAUUGAAAAUAAAGACUUAAAAUUAAACCGAAUUGGUAACUGUAGGCUUAAAUGCUUUAAAAAAACACAUUGGAAAGUAAAUUGCAUUAUAUCAUCGAAUCAUGACUGGCACUGCUAAUGAAGAGUUGGGUACUUCAUGUGAGCAGAUUUUUGAUCAAUUUAUCUCAGCAGUCACUUGUAAGUCAAUUUUGACAUCUUUUAAUCAGUUGCUGGAUGUAACUGAAUUGAGACAUGCAGACCAUAGACACUUCUAUGCUACUUUAAAGACAAAAUUGAAGGGCUCAUGGAAAGCACAGAAUUUGUGGGCCAAAUUGGAUAAACGUGCAUCUCAUAGAGAUUACAAAAAGCAGCAAGCAUGCGCCAAUAUGAAAGUGCUUGUUAUAGGAUCAGGUCCUUGUGGUUUAAGGACUGCUAUAGAAUGUGCUCUACUUGGUGCUAAAACAGUUUUGGUGGAAAAAAGAGACAGAUUUUCUAGGAACAAUGUUCUUCAUCUAUGGCCUUUUCUAAUUACUGAUCUUAGAAACCUAGGGGCCAAGAAGUUUUUUGGAAAAUUUUGUGCUGGAGCCAUAGAUCACAUUAGUAUAAGACAGUUGCAGUGUAUACUGUUGAAGGUGGCCUUAUUGCUUGGUGUCGAAGUUCAUGUUAAUGUGACAUUUCAACAUUUGGUGGAACCUCCUAUAGAUCAGAGUACAGGUUGGCACUGUCAGGUGUUACCAGAUAAUCACCCAGUCUCAGAGUAUGAGUUCAAUGUUCUCAUUGCUGCUGAUGGCAAGAGAAAUACUUUACCAGGCUUCAGGCGUAAAGAAUUUCGUGGCAAACUGGCUAUUGCAGUCACUGCCAAUUUCAUCAACAGAAAUACACAAGCAGAAGCUAGGGUGGAAGAGAUUAGUGGCGUGGCUUUUAUAUUCAACCAGAAAUUUUUUCUUGAUUUGAAAGAGAAGACCAGAAUUGAUCUUGAAAAUAUUGUUUAUUACAAGGAUGAUACUCAUUAUUUUGUUAUGACUGCUAAAAAAGCCAGUCUGUUAGAGAAGGGUGUACUGAAAGAGGAUUUUGCUGAUACUGUUGCUUUACUUGAUCGGUCCAAUGUUAAUCAAGAUGCACUUAUGGCAUUCGCACGUGAAGCAGCUGACUUCUCCACUAACUACCAACUGCCAAGUUUAGAAUAUGCUGUCAAUCAUUAUGGCCAGGCUGAUGUGGCUAUGUUUGAUUUCACGUCCAUGUUUGCUGCUGAGAAUGCCUCCAGAUUUGUCUAUAAAAAUGGGCAUCAUUUAUUGAUGGGACUUGUUGGUGACACAUUGUUGGAGCCAUUUUGGCCCACUGGCUCUGGUUGUGCUAGAGGAUUUCUUGGUGCCUUUGAUGCUGCAUGGAUGAUAAGAAGCUGGGCCUUAGGCUGCAGUCCUUUAAAGGUUUUAGCAGAGCGAGAAAGUAUUUUCACAGUUCUGUCUCAGACUACACCCAGUUACUUACACAAGAAUCACAAUGCCUAUAGCAUAGAUCCCAACACAAGGUACCCAAACUUGAAUGUGAGAGCCAUCAAACCAAACCAGGUGAAGCAUCUAUAUGAAGGUGGUGUGUUUGAUGAGAAAGAAUUGGAGGAAGAAGAUAUCUCAGCAGUGGCUGCAGCAAACAAAGUACCUAAUGCAGAUCUGACAAUUGACAGUUACACUUUGUUGCGUUGGUGUCAGAGAGUUCUCAACACUGGCAAGUACAGGGAUGUACAUAUUGUGGAUUUCACAAGUUCCUGGAGAAGUGGUCUGGCACUGUGUGCUCUUAUUCAUUCCUUUCGACCUAAACUGAUUCAAAACACAUUACUUAUGGAAUGUGAAGUUGCUGCUAAUAACCAUUUGGCUUUCACUACUGCUGAAAAAGAAUUGGGUAUUACUCCUGUCAUGACUGGUGAAGAUAUGGCCAAACAUGAAGCCCCUGAUAAACUUACAAUGAUUUCUUAUUUAUCUCAGUUUUAUGAGUUGUUUAAAAAUGAGCCAUUGCCUUCCACUAUCCCCCUUCCAGCCAAAGCAAAAAGGAAAAGUUUACCCAUGGAGACAUUGGUGCCUAAACCUUCCCAGUCUCCAAAGAGACAUCUUUCAAUCUUACAGAAAUUAAAAUCAAGGUCAAAAAAGCGAAAAGAGCAAGAAGAAACUAGUGAUGAAUUGACUUUUGGGUCCAAGAAAAAGAAGGACAGACAAGAGAAAAUUGAUGUAGAAUUGACUCAAUAUAACAAAUUACCAAUGAGUGAGAUAGCCAACCGGCUUCAACUGAACCGUAAAGCUGACGAUGUCAGGUUGAAGGUUAACAAAAAUGAAGAAAGGUCAGGUGCUGUCAGUGUAACAGCAAUGGCAGACUUGUUAGUGUCAAAGUUCAAGAGUAUUGAAGGAAAUCAACCACCAGAGUUAAUCAGAAAAUUGAAAGGUCAACCUACCCUGCUAGCAGCGAAGCCUGAAAGUGAAUUUUGUUCUUUUUGUCACAAAAGAGUCUACCUGAUGGAACGAAUGAGUGCUGAGGGAGAAUUCUUUCAUCGCAACUGUUUCAAGUGUGAUCACUGUGGAGUUAGUUUGAGAUUGAAUCAUUACUCUUGUGAUAGAGAUAGUAAACCAGUUAAAUUCUAUUGUUUUAGACAUACUCUACCUGAGUUAAGAAUCAAGUCACAAAGAAAAAGUCUAGAAGAAAAAACUUCAAAGAAGUUACCCGAGUUAAUCACAUCUUCAGCAUUAAGUGUGGACAUUCUAAAUGCCUUCAAUGACAACAUUACAGAUUCCUCUGAGUUGUCACCACAUCUCCUUGCUAAAGAUGUGACAGAAAAUAAAAAUAUGCAAGAGAGAGUAGAGUUUGAGAUUUCAUUUGAUGGUUGUGAAGAAGAGUCAGAAGAGGAACAGUUUGAACACAAUUUAAGAGCUUCCUUAUCUAACCCACUAUCUGAUGGAGAUGAUGACUCGGACUCAGAUUCAUAUUCAGACUUGGACAGUGAUGAUGAACUUUGGGAGAGUGCACUUGAUUCCCUUAAAUCUCCAACAUUAAGCUCUGACCUGCAAAGAAGCUGGGAAGCUUAUCAAUCAGAAAGUAUAUUACAUACUGAGAACCAGUCUCUGGAGUUUGUAAGUUUCACAAAUGACAAUGAUAAGGAAAACAAUGAGUCAUCUACUGAAGUGGAGCAAGACUCUGACUCUGAGGAAAGCAGUGAAGAUAAAAAACAAGAAGACACUUAUGACUCCUCCAAGGAGGAAGUCUCUCAAAAAACAUUACUAAGUCCUGUUUCUAAAAUAUCCCUGAGUAAAGCCAACUUCUUCUCAGAGCCUCCAACUGUUGUUAGCCUGGACCCAUGGAGUAUGUUUGGUAUGGUGACUAAGGAGCCUGCACAUAAGGAGGAAGAGGAGAAGACCAAGGGUUCAGAGUCUGUACCAGCCCCUGACAUACAGGAGAGUUUGAGUGAUGCAGAUUCUUUAGAUGAACUUAAUGGAGAUGUCUAUUUGGAUAACAUGCCAGAAGAAGCUGUUGAAAGUCACAGUGACACUCUAGGUCAGGGUAAAGCCUGGCAGUCAGAAUCAGAAAAUGAUGGAGAUGAUGAAAAUGUUACAGAUGACAAAAACCAAAACAAAGUGUCUAAACAUUUAGCCCAUGAACAGUUGGCGGGCUCAGAUUCUGCUGAGGAUUUACAGUUUGUUGAAGGCAGGCUUAGCCCCAGUGCCAGGAAGGCCAAAAAGUUUCGCAUGAAACGUCAAACUAAGCAACCCAAGAAACUUAUAUACUCUGCAUCCACUGACAGCGAACAUGGUAGAAAUGAAACCUCUGAUUCAUCAUCUCCUGAUGUAGCCCUAGAGCAAACUCACAACGUGGAUGAGAAGCAGACAGACAAUACAGGAGACAUAACUCUUGACAUGGUCCCCAAACUGUCAGACACUUCAGACAUUGAUGAUCUAAUCAUAACAAACAUUGAUGACAGGUUUGUGACAUCCAGACAGAAAAAAACAAAGGCCAAUUUGCAGCCUAGAACCAAAAAGAAAAUAGUUAAAAAGAAAAGUAAAAAUGUGAAUCCAUUAAAAAACAAGGAAGAGUCCCUGACUCCUACCUCUCAGAUAACAGAAUCCAAGAUAGAACUGGACAAGAUGAAGUUUGCUGAUGUGACAAAAUCAUCUGUUUUAGCUCUUGUGGAGUCAUUUUCAGACUCUGACACUUCACCUAUUGACAAAACUGGGGGGGUGUCGGAAUGUAAUCCACCGUCUCCCAAAGAAAAUACUUCCACACUGAAACCUCUCUUGGACAAUCACAAUGAUUCAUCAUUCAGUGACAUUUUCUUUUCCCCAGUUACAACUUUCGAUGAAUCACCUUUUACACCUUCUGUAGCAACAGAUACAAAGAAAAUGGAUUGUUCUGACCAGAAAUCAAUGCAAAAAUCUGAUUCAUCUUCUUCUUAUCCCAAAACUGAAACAGAACAUUCAGAUAAAAAUUCUAAAUCUCAUUCAUAUUCUUCACCUUUGGAUAGCGAUUCACAUAAUAAAACUGAUUCAGAUGUUUCAGAUCAGAAAACUGAUUCCCAUUCAUCUGUAUCCCAAAGUAUAAGCUCAGAAGGUUUUCUGGGUAUAAAGUCCAAGAGUAAAGCUCCUGAGCUGACGGCUGUACAAGUAACUCCAAAAAGUGACAAAUCACAUGCAAAUAAAGCUAAUCAUGACACUGUUUCUGAUCCAUCUCUAAUCAAAAAAUCAUUACCGCCCCUACAAAAUGCUAACAGCCCUGGCAAGACAAAGGUAACUGUAGACAAAAGUAGACUGCAUCUAGGUUCUUCCUCUGACCUAGCAGAGUCUGACUUGGAACAUGGAAACAAAAGAAAAAUAUCGGCGGAUGGCAUUUUCAUCAAGACCACAGCUGAUGACAUUCCUUUUGCUGAUGAUGACAGUGAAUCUGAGGAACAGUUUUACACACCCCAACCAUUGAACAAGGUUUCAUUUUCAGCUCCAGCCUCUGAUGUUGCAGAUAGACAGAAAACUAAAGUUCCUGUAGAUAGUUCUUUUAAUGAUACUCACCAUCAAAAUGUAUCUUCAAAAAAUACUCACCAGAAUAGAGUCUUUCCAUCCCAUUCACCUUUGGCUGGUUGUAGUGAAAAAACUGCACAUGCUAAGACUAAAGGCAAGCCAGCCAUUGAGAACAAGUUGACACAUGCUGCUGUCAUUGAUGCUCCCAAAAAAGAAACUAAGAAAGAGUUAGCAAUAUGCUCAUUGUUCCACUCUGAGGCUUCAAGACGAAAAGAACCAGGUUCAUCACAUCCUAGAAGACCAUUACCUGUUACAUAUAAAGCCAAUUGUGAUGAACUUUCUGAUGAACUCUCAGAUGAAAGUCACGUUUCAUUUAAGCCCAUGCAAAAAAAGACUGAGGACCUGGAUGCUCGUGUAGCCAGAAGACUUAGCAAAAUGCAUGCUAAGCAACACAAACGAGCUGAACAAAGGCGAUUGCGUAUGGCCCAGGAAAUACAGAGACAGUUGGAAGAGGUGGAAGUGAGACAAAGAGAACUGGAAGAACGAGGUAUUGCUGUUGAAAAGAUGUUACGUGGAGAUGGAUCUGAUGAUGAUGAAGACAUGGAUGAUGCCCAACUCAUGAGUGAAUGGUUCAGCCUAGUUCAUGAAAAAAAUGCCUUACUAAGAUAUGAAUCUGAAUUGAAUGUCAGAGCCAAAGAACUUGAACUUGAGGAUAGACAAGCAAGACUAGAAUCUGAUUACAGAGAACGGUCUAAGAAAUCUGAGAAAACAGAAAGUGACAUUGCUGCUGAGGGUGAGCUUUUGAAUGAAUUGGUUGAAGUAGUUGAGCAGAGAAACACAUUAGUGGCAAUGCUAGAAGAAGACAGACUCAGAGAGCAGAAAGAAGACUAUGAUCUGAAGAAAAUUAUGGCUCAGAAAGGUUAUCUAUUAUCUCCCCUGAGCUGUGAUGUCAGAAGAGACCAUGAAAAAGAAAUCCUCCAUAUAUAAUUAGUUGCUAGAAAGUUGUUCAUAUAUAUAUUUAUAUAUAUUUCCCCAUUAUCUGGUCACAUCUAGUCAUUCAUCAUGAUAUUCUUAAAUGUUUUAUACCAGCUUUACGGCCGUAUUCAUUAUUGGAGACGUCUUUAUUCUUGUACAUUUCCCUUCAUGUGAUAACUACUAAUUGUUUUUUGUUUUUUUUUACAUUUUAAUUUCUUACUAAUUAAAAGGUUGUUGUUUUGUUUUUUUUUGGUUUGUUUUUUUGCUGAAAGAAUUUUUUCUGUAAAUAUCUCUACUUUACAUGCUGUUGCUUGAUUGUUAAGCACAUAUUAAUGUGUUAGAGAUCACUUCGUCUUGAUUCUGCAUAAGCCUAAAGUAUUUAUUACUAAUGAUGACAUACUGGACACGUUCCAUUUUUUGUGUGUUAAGUUAAAAUAUAAUUGUGUAAUUCCAAACUAAUAAUUCUAGAAAAUUGUAUUAGAUUUCUCGUUUAAAAGAAGAGAAAGAACACAUUUUGCAUGAUCAGAGUAGUUGAUUUGAAGGAAGAUUUAGGCACAUUUAUGAUAAAGGCUUAUUUCUCAUUCCAUAUGCUAAGACAAAUUCUUCUAAAGUGCCAUUAGAGCAUUGUAAGCGUGCCGGAAUCAGCCAGGAAAACCAUUGACUUAGCAGAGUGUAAGUCUCUAACAUGCACAUGGAUAUGACUAGGACAUAGUUAUCUGUUGAACAAAACAUCUGUAAUUUAUAAGUAAAAAUGGGAAAUCAUUAAAAUGUCAAGAUGAGAGAUUUUUUUUAGACUUUUAUUAAAAAUAUAUACAAUAAAGAUUGCAUAAUUACUCUCAAAUAUGUAACAAUUUAUUAAGAAGUUGUGUUUUUAAACAAAGAACUUUUGAAGUUGAGAUGUUAUACAAUCACAGACCUACAGUAUGCUUCAGUUAUUCCUACAUUCUCAACAAUAUUUUUUUUUCUUUUCUUAUGCAGUAUUUCAGAAUUGUUCUCUAGAUUUUGUAUUACUUUGUGUACAAUAAUUUUCUAUGAAUGAUUUAUAACAGAGUCAUGUUUCAAAUGUUUAUAAAAGCCUAGAGCUGGUGGUAACAAUGCUGACAUCUAGAGCAACACAUUUUCUAGUUGAUGUUCCAUUCUGGUGGAGACUUGACAUCAUGUGAUCCAAUUUUUGUUGAACUAGUGGGCUUUCACUUUCCAUUUUGUCCUUUGAUAUCACACAGCACAACUGACCCGUGGAUUUAUUCGUUUGUUCAAAUUGCUUUUUUUUUUUUUAAAUUCCUGAAAUGUUUUUGAUUCUAAAGACUAUUUUUUUGUUCAAUGAAUAUGUUUAGUUCUAAAAUAGCAUCACUACUUUCAAUGAUGGGACAUGUGAUUAUUUUGUAAAUUUGUACUGGUGUUUUAAACAAUCAGAAGCUAAUCCAAGUUUUAGAUCUAUUUCUUCAGUGCAAAACUAAGACCUCAUGUUGAUCAAGAAUACUGCCAUAGCAAUAUUCAUGUUGUACAGUCUUCAGUGAAACUAUUACUGUUGUAGUCAAUGUUUCACUAAGAAAAUUGUAACAAAAAUUUAUUUUGGAAGGGGGACAAAAUGUACAGUAGACAUGACUUGAGUAGCUAGGGUUUAGUAGCACUCAUGUUUUUUUCUUAUAUAUGCAAUUCUGUUAAAGGUUAUCAUUAUUGCCAUUUACAAAUUUAAAUUGCAUUUCUUUUUCUUACUACACCCAUGAUUGAGUACAAGAUAGUCUUGUUAUGUGUGUGUGAUGAUUGAGUACAAGAUAGUCUUGUUAUGUGUGUGUGAUGAUUGAGUACAAGUUAGUCUUGUUAUGUAUGUGAUGAUUGAGUACAAGAUAGUCUUGUUAUGUGUGUGUGAUGAUUGAGUACAAGAUAGUCUUGUUAUGUAUGUGUGAUGAUUGAGUACAAGAUAGUCUUGUUAUGUGUGUGUGAUGAUUGAGUACAAGAUAGUCUUGUUAUGUGUGUGUGAUGAUUGAGUACAAGUUAGUCUUGUUAUGUGUGUGAUGAUUGAGUACAAGAUAGUCUUGUUAUGUGUGUGUGAUGAUUGAGUACAAGAUAGUCUUAUUAUGUGUGUGAUGAUUGAGUACAAGAUAGUCUUGUUAUGUGUGUGUGAUGAUUGAGCACAAGAUAGUCUUGUUAUGUGUGUGAUGAUUGAGUACAAGAUAGUCUUGUUAUGUGUGUGUGAUGAUUGAUUACAAGAUAGUCUUGUUAUGUAUGUGUGAUGAUUGAGUACAAGAUAGUCUUGUUAUGUGUGUGUGAUGAUUGAGUACAAGAUAGUCUUAUGUGUGUGCUGAUGAUUGAGUACAAGAUAGUCUUGUUAUGUGUGUGUGAUGAUUGAGUACAAGAUAGUCUUGUUAUGUGUGUGUGAUGAUUGAUUACAAGAUAGUCUUGUUAUGUAUGUGUGUGUGUGUGCCUGCUCUCACUGGUAUGUCCAUAGUCCAUUAGUCUCCAAAGUUGAUUCUGUAACUUAGAUUGCUUCUAUUUCAUAUCAUUAAUAAUGUUGUAGCACUAUCAUGUCUUGAUGCUGUAGAAUGUCAUAGCACCCAUUCAAAGUGUCAGUGGUGUGGCACUGUGCCAUUCCUAUCCUGGAUGUGGAUGUUCAGUGCCAUUCCUUAGGUUUUGUUCUUUCAGAAAGUCAUCAUUUCAGUAGCACUCUAACCAGACAGUCCCAUUCAGAACCAGUUUCAAACAAAUCUCUAUUCUUUUGUAUUGUAUUAUCCAUUACCCUAGUGAAUACCCUGCAUAAAACAAGUUUUACAUUAUUAUUUUUUUUGUAUGACAUUUAACCAUGAGCCUUUGUAUCUGUACUGUGUGAACCUUUGCUCCAGUUUAGGCACCUCACAAUGAUGCUUAUGUAUUAUCUCCCUUAAAGUACGCCACCUAAAACUAGGCAAGUUUUCAUUGUCAUCUUCACAUCCCUUGACUCUCAUGUUUUUUAUCUUUUGUCAAAUGUUUUCAAUGGUUACAUAAUACAAUUACCUUGUACAUUUUGAAUGUGCUUUUAGAGAUGUAAAAUUAUAAUUAUAUCUAUUUCAUGUUUAGCACAAGAAACAAAUAUUUCCAUUGGAUGUAUUCUUUAUAUUAUAUUAACUAUGAGUUACCUGUAUUCUUUAUAUUAACUAUGAGUUACCAGGUUCACCACUUAUUCAUCACCUAGCCUCAGUUAAGUGAACAGAAAUGUAAACAUUUUAAAAGAAUUUUAGUGUUUUUUUUUCAAGGCAUUUAUGAACUUGACAUCGCACCAUAUUGAUUGUAAAAGAUGACAUGAACAUUUGUAGGAAUGAAUCUCAAAUAUAAGUGUAAUCUACUUCCAAUCUAGCCUUCACCUUACAGAGGUCAAGAAUAAAUAUGUGGUUAUGAGAACUAGAAAGUUCUAGGACUUGAAAGAAAUGUUUCAUGUCAGAAAGUCUGAUUCAUACACUUGUUUGCAUUGUGAAUUAUUUAACACAUUAAGGUUGUUCAUCUAUACAGGUUUAUUAACUUUAUUUAUAAGUUGUUCAUUUUUGGACUACAAAAAUCAGUCAUGUUAUUUUUUAAUUUAUUUUAGGAGUUGACAAUGUCCUACAUUUCUAGUUGAGUAGUGUGGUAUUAAGUGAAUAAAGGUCCAGUAGUGACUAUGUCCUA